CGAUGAAGUAGUUAAAUAUUUCCGUUCUUGUUAGUCAUAUAAAGUAUAAAUCCUCCACAGCCAUGUCCGAUCCAGAAGAUGAGGACGAAAUCGAAAUAAACUUCGACGAUCUCGCUGAAGCGAUACGAAAGGACUUCAUGACGACUGCUAGAGAAACGAGGCAAAUAACCGAAAAUGUUAAACAAGAUUUAAACAGAUUUGUUCAGUCGAAGAGCCAGACAUUGGCCCAAGGUUUCGACAUCGAGAAUACUGAUAGACGGCAGACUGCUACUGGAGCAGACAUUAUAACUGUAAGCAUAAAUAAGAUGCACCACAAAGCUGCUCAAGAUUUCGAAGCAAUUAGACUGUUCGACGAAUAUAUGGUUCACGAAAAGUCUCGCUUUUUGAGAGAACAAUUCUUCAAUCAAAUUAUCAACGAUUUCCCCGAAAAAUUUUAUACUGAUUUUAACAACAUGGAAGAGUUAACCGAAGCGAAGAUCGAUCGCUUGAAAAAACACCUUCAUCUGGAAGAUGCAAAUGAAUUUGAUACGCUAAGGCUCCGAAUCCUCAACGACUUGGAUAAAAUGAACGAAUUAAUGCAGAAAGAAAUUGACGAUAUCAAACUUAAAUUGAUGCAUUUUGCUAAUAGCAUUGAAGAUGCAGUGCCUGAUGCAAGUGAACUUACAAACGCGUCAGACCUACAUUUAAACGUGAACUUGCUUCCUUCGUCCGAUAAAAUUACGGAUGAUAUUUGGCAUGUUAAAACAACGGCAGAUGAAAAGUCGGAGAGGAUGAAAAAUAACAUUAGCAGUUUUUUAGACAAUUUUCAAGACGCCAUUUCAGAUAACGAUUUCACUGCAAAUGGCUUCAACACAGCUCUUCCUGACAUAACAGAAGCAAUUUCCGUGCAAUCAGAGGUGUUCGGCGAGAGAAGCGAAAAGUUAAAAACCACUUGGCAAUUUCUCGGUGAUAUUACCGCAAAUUUUAGCGAAGAUAUUAGAUCGAAACGAGCGGAAAUGAGUGGACAAGUGGAGGAAGUUUCGAAAGAUAUCUUGGAAACUCUAAAUACUAUCAAAGAAAAAGUCGGCAGCAACAAAAUUGAACCGAUAGAAGUCCCUGAUUUAAACAUUAACAUCGAUAUUAACAUGCAGGAUCAGAUAGCGGAGAUACAGGAAGAAGUGCAAAGUUUGAAACAGAAGCUCGAAUCCACUCUUAAAAGUAUAAAGUUGGAUACUCCAAAAAGCGAUCUGGAUUCGAAAGAAAUAAGCGCGGUGUUGAGAGACCUAAAGGAAAAGGUAACGAGCACUUACAGGGAAACGGAAACCAACAUGAACCAUGAUAUAGAUAGGCUCAAAUCGAAAAUCUCAGAUCCUGAGACGAAUCCAAUAUUUUCUAUGUCGUUUGACGAGGUAAAAACACACUGUCAUAAGAAGUUUAAUGAAAUUGAGAAGCAAAUGAGGGAGAAAAACAUAGAAAUUAAAAAGAUGAUUUUGAAAAAACUGGAGGAAUUUUCAGAUAUUUAUCCAAUCGGACAAAUGUAGCUAUCGAAACCAAGCUUUAGGUAUAGGAUUAAUACUUUGUAUGACUAAUAUGCUAAGAAAUAAAC